AUGAAGAGAAACUAUACAGGACCGGACAAUGAGUACACAACAGAAGUUGGGGACGAACAUGUGCAGGGAGUGGAUCCUAACGAUACUGUGGUCUUGCUUCCGUUGGUAUGUGACGGGGAUUUGGCUGUUCACGGGCUUUUCUUGCUUAAUGGAUUGGAUGCCUUGAUUGAGCAUCAUGUUACUGUAUUCGCGCCAUUCUUUGGAGUGGCCUACGGUUCAAAUAUCAUAUACGAAGACGCGGCUGAGCGCUUCCUUGAACGGACGCUGUGUGUUACAGAGUCCGCGCCGUUGAACACUGCAGCGAUGGAGUUGCAUGCUGGGCUUCGCUUGGGGAAUGUUGAGUGGGACAGAGACGCAAAUUCUCAGGCUGAUUCAACCGAUGAAAGCGCUUCCGCAGGUGGGGAUGGUCUUGAUCCUCCGAAUGCUGAUCGCGAUGCAGGCGAUGGUCGUUUUGCUCCCGAUGCCGAUGCAGACGAUGGUCGUCCCGAUGCUGAUCAGGUGAAGGCGCUACUCGCCACGGUGGUGCUCCCGCUGCUCAUCUCGAUGCUCAUCAAGAUCGCCACGGGUGAAUCUGAGUAA